GCUGCUGCUGCUGCCGCUGCCGCCGCUGCCGCGCGCGUCGGGACUAGCCUGGCCAGCCAGCCGCAGGGGCCCCUCUGGGGAGUCCGCCGCCACCCGCGCCGCUCCGGCCCCACCUUCUUCCUCCACCAUGAUCACCUGUGGACCAGCCUUGUCAUUCGUCCGGUGCCUUUUGAGGCGAAAAGUCGUCACUCUGGAUAGCCUUGAAGAUUCCAAAUUAUGCCGCUGCUUAUCGACUGUGGAUCUUAUUGCCCUGGGAGUAGGAAGCACUCUCGGGGCAGGCGUUUAUGUCCUUGCUGGAGAAGUUGCCAAAGCCAAUUCCGGACCCAGCAUUGUUGUUUCCUUCCUCAUAGCUGCCUUAGCUUCUGUAAUGGCAGGUCUCUGCUAUGCUGAAUUCGGUGCUCGUGUUCCGAAAACGGGCUCUGCCUAUCUGUAUACUUAUGUAACCGUUGGUGAGCUGUGGGCUUUUAUCACCGGCUGGAAUCUCAUUUUGUCCUACGUUAUAGGUACAUCAAGCGUAGCAAGAGCAUGGAGUGGCACCUUUGACGAGCUGCUUGGAAAACAAAUUGGUUAUUUUUUUAGAACCUACUUCAGAAUGAAUUAUUCUGGUCUGGCAGAAUAUCCAGAUUUUUUUGCAGUUUGUCUUAUAUUACUCCUGGCAGGCCUGUUAUCAUUUGGAGUAAAAGAAUCUGCUUGGGUGAAUAAAGUCUUCACUGCUGUUAACAUCUUGGUCCUCCUCUUCGUGAUGAUAUCUGGUUUCGUGAAAGGAGAUAUGAGUAACUGGAAGAAAACAGAAGAAUAUCUUAUAAAUUACACAGUAUAUAUAGAAAACCUCUCCUCCUCUGAGAAUGUGACUAGUGCAUUUGGAGUUGGCGGCUUUAUGCCGUAUGGAUUUACAGGAACUCUGGCUGGUGCGGCAACUUGCUUCUAUGCCUUUAUAGGAUUUGAUUGCAUUGCAACAACUGGGGAAGAGGUCAAGAAUCCCCAGAAAGCCAUACCGAUUGGAAUUGUAACUUCUCUCCUGGUCUGUUUUAUGGCCUAUUUUGGUGUUUCGGCUGCCCUGACGCUGAUGAUGCCGUACUACUUAAUAGACGAAAAGAGUCCUCUCCCGGUGGCAUUUGAAUAUGUUGGAUGGGGCCCAGCAAAAUACGUUGUGGCAGUGGGAUCUCUGUGUGCUUUAUCUACAAGUCUCCUUGGAUCCAUUUUUCCAAUGCCACGUGUAAUCUAUGCUAUGGCGAAGGAUGGCUUGCUUUUCAAAUGUCUAGCUCAAGUUAGUCCCAAAACGAAGACUCCGCUUGUGGCUACUUUAUCGUCGGGGGCUGUAGCAGCUCUAAUGGCUUUUCUUUUUGACCUGAAAGCCUUAGUAGACAUGAUGUCUAUUGGUACACUUCUUGCCUACUCCCUGGUUGCAGCUUGUGUUCUCAUCCUUAGGUAUCAACCCAGUUUAAACUAUGAGCAACCAACAUAUUCCACAGAAAAAGAGGCUCUUGCAGGAUCAGAGAGGGAAUCGACCGCAAGUGAAUCGCAAAUGAGUAUGCUGCGAGGGCAUAGCUUCAGCCUCCUGACCUUAAUUAAUCCGUCAAGUUUGCCAACGGAACAGACUGCCACCAUGGUCAGCUUUCUGGUGGGCUUGUUGGCUUUGGUGGUUUGUGGCUUAAGCAUUCUGAUCACCUAUGGGAUUCACUUCCUCGCCAAUCUGGAGCCCUGGAUCAUAGGCCUUCUUGCUGCUCUUGUGGUAUUGUUUGCCAUUGUCAUCUUUGCCAUCUGGAGGCAACCUCAGAGUCAACAAAAAGUGGCAUUUAUGGUUCCAUUCUUGCCACUUCUGCCAUCUUUUAGUAUCUUAGUCAAUAUUUACUUAAUGGUACAGCUAAGCGGAGAGACAUGGAUCCGGUUUAGCAUCUGGAUGGCUCUUGGUUUCCUUAUUUACUUUGCUUAUGGGAUCCGACAUAGUACAGAGGGUCACCCUCGGGAAGAAGAUGACGAUGACAGUCUGGAAGGCCAUCCCAGGGAUGAAGACAGCUGCUCUAGAAAAAGUGCAACUUCAGAAAAGAAGCCUCUGAGGGAGCCCAACGAGAACGAAAACUCAAAUGAAAGUGCUCGCUUUAUUACCGACGAACGGACAAGUGAAUGUUAACGGCUGUUCGCUGCUGUGUAAUGUGUGUCUGUCAAGCAAGGAACUGUAAAGGAAUGGAGUUGCUAAAAGAAAUAGUCAAACACUUGGUGAUGAAGAAUUAACAAUAACAUACAGUUUAUGAAAAUGUCUUCUAGAAGGCAUGAUCUAGACUUGUUGCUAGACGAGAUGUUAUCCAGGGGUGAUUUCCCAGUGAUGAUGGUGGUACUUCAGGUAACAACUAAGAUAAUGACGGGAAAGAAAACGUUCCAGUCGGUUGAUUUUCUUUACUAUGCUAAACAUGUUAGUGACUUUUUUCUUAGCAGCUUCCUACGGCUUGAAUUGGCAGCUGAAACAUCUUGGUUUGUGUUUCUGGAGUCAUUCAUUGGUGGUGUCUUGGACUUAAAUAUGUAUUAAUCGCCUGGUAAUUUAACAAUAGCCAAGAUCAUAAUUGCCCAGGCUAGCCCAAUAUCAGAUCUUAGAAGCUAAGCAGGGUUGUCCCUGAUUAGUACUUGGAUGGGAGACCACCAAGGAAGUCCAGGGUUGCUACACGAAGGCAGGCAGUGGCAAAUCGCUUCUGUUGGUCUCUUGCCUUGAAAAUCUGAGAGGUUUGCCAUAAGUUCACUGAGACUUUACAGCUCUUUCCACCACCAAUUAGACGCUCAUCUGUUCUGCAUUAACAUUGAAUACCUGGAUUUAAAACAAAAACACUAAAGAUAGGGUUGGUAAGGAACGCAGAGCAUAAAUGUGGUAUAGCUUCACAACACUAUGUGCUGUGUAUUAAGAAUGCUUUGCAUAUUGACGUAAUUUUGUAAAAGUUUGGAUCCACCAGCUAUUUCUGUGGAUGGAAGGGAUUUCUGGCCCGGAUGUGGGAUUUCCCUUCCUCCCCCCUCCUGCUGCAGCCCAGAAUGUUACUCCUGGGGAAAAGGGGACAUCUCCAGGAAUAUCCUUGGAAGUCUGUAGCAAAAGAGGAAGGUUGGCUUCUGUCCACAGAAAUCUUCCGUCAGAUCAAUCCUGUCUUUCCAUUACAAAUUAUGCAAACAAUGUAUAUUAUGAAAAAUGCUAUAAUAGUCAAGAGAACAGUAUUUUUACAUUAAUAACAUGCCUGCUGAUAUAGAAUCAUUAUUGAAGAGUUCAAAGUUCUGCUCUUUUAUCAGUGAAAAUCAACAGGACAAGUGGUCAUUCAAUCAUGCUUAUAUAUUUCUGCAGCUAAGGAAUAUGAAAUUCUGCAGCUAAGGAAUAUGAAAUUCACAGGUGGUGUACUGGGCCCUUCAAUGUUUUCAUAACCGAUUUAAUAUUUUAUAUAAAUCACAAACUACUAAUUUAUUUUAUGAGGGGAUGGUUUUAUUGUGGUGAGAGACCAGAUGUGUAUAGAAGAGAGCAGUUCUGAUUUAAAAUAUUUAAAUAAUAAAAAAUGAUGUUUUCAGGGAUGAGGGAUCUUCAGUAUGAAAUAAUAUUUUAUAUAUAAAUUUGAAUUUGGGGUACCUUUUAUUUGGUACAAAGGGCCAUGAGGGUUGGAAUUUUUUAUUGUAUAUUGUUACUACUUGCCCCUGUUGAGGGUAGCAGUGGACAUGAUGUAUUUCUGUGUCACCAUUUGUGAAGAAGUGAAAAAUCGCCUUAUGUGUAGUUUGCACAUUGGCCAGUACAUGAGGCAGUAAGAGAACAUGUAAGCCUGCAUUCAGCUAAGUCAGAGAUGCUCUGCAACAUCAGUUUUCUUCCUUUUUCCUGACCAAAAAGAAAGGAGAGCUAUGGUACUCUCUUUUUGGCAGGUGUGAUAACUGUACAAUUCAUCUGAUACUUUCUGAUUUCCACAUUGCCAUAAUCUUUCAAGCUUUUUGUUGCAACAGUGAGAGCUAGAAACCUACAUUUUUUUAAAAAUCCACCUUUAGGCUGUGUGGUGGGGAAUGAUUAAUGCUUUCUUGUCACGCUACUGGUGUAGUGGUUAAGAGCAGACGGGCUCUAAUCUGGAGAACCAGGUUUGAUUCCCCACUCCUCUGCCUGAAGCCAUGUGGGUGACUUUGGGUCAGUCACAGCUUCUCGGAGCUCUCUCAGCCCCACCCACCUCACAUGGUAAUUGUCGUGAAGAUAAUAAUAACAUACUCUGUAAACCGCUCUGAGUGUGGCAUUAUGUUGUCCUGAAGGGUGGUAAAUCAAAUGUUACUAUUAUAUCAUUUAAAUCUGCAAGUUGAGUAUCUUUUUCAUGGUUGGAGUUCCAGAUGGGACUACAGAUCAUGUAGCACAGCAUGAGGGAGAUAUGCUCUUCAAGUAAGAAUCUUCCUAUCACUGGUGCAAAAAGGGGAAGCCCAGGUGCCUUUCACACGCGACUUCUGGAGGCACCUUACCAAUGGCUGUUUCUACCAGCGACGAUUCUCUGUGUAGCAGUCCUUGCUGCUGCGGAAGCAGAGGCAUUCAUGGAGUAUUUCAUCCUCGGCACUUUCUUUGCGGAAGCAACCAGUGCUCACCUUAAUAACAGCAAUAAAUGACAAGUGUGUUUUAAUUUCAAGUGGAGAUAUAUUGUAUUUUCACUUUUUAUACAUAGGCUUGCUUGUAAAUUGCAAAAAAAUUAACACAGAGAUACACAAAACAAUUUUUACUGGCAAAAUUUGAAUUAAAAUGUUUUGUAGGGGGAAAAGAGGAUGCCCUGAUUGCUGCCGUUAUUAAAUGUAAGUAAUACUACAUCAGUAUCUGUAUAAUACGUUCUUUAUUUUAUUUGCUAUGCUGUAAACCUUUUUUCAAAUAAUUGUUUAAGAGACUUGUGUUGAUGAAGCAAGUUGCAAAGAAGACAAAUAAUCUAAUGAGGAAAAUAAUCAUUCUGUAAUAAUGGCCGAUUCCAGAUGACU